AUGUGUCUUCCUUUCUUGGCGGAACACUUGCGGGGAAAUCAGAUCUUCUUUCUUUCCGGGGAGGCUUGGGUCAAGCUGCAAGCCAGCUUCAGGUCAUUUGCGAUGAAGAUUCGCAUCUACAUAUGUGUUUCACUUUUGAGCAGUGCGCUCUGCGUGAGGGAGCCACUUCCCACCGAUCUGCCUGCUGAGCCUGAGGCGCUUCCCACCCAGCUGCCUGAUCUCAUAGAAGAUGUUGCAACCAGCUCCCUCAGCAAGUUGGUUAAACGACCCGCCUUGAACCCGACACCUCAGCAGAUUCAAGAGGAAGAGAAGCAUGAGCCGGGUGCCUCCUGGCAAAGGCUUCGCUACUUCGUCUCGUUUUUGCUUCUGAUGUACAUGGCCACAGUCAUCGUUGGAAGUGUCAUCAUGGCCAUCGGACGACUAGCACAUCAACAGUCAGAGCAGCCGAUGGAGUCUACAAAGAGGCCGAAGGAGUCUGCAGAGACGCAGAAGGAGUCUGCAGAGACAAAGCCGAAGAAUCAAACCGCUGACCGUGCUUUGAGCAUCAAGCAAGAGCGGCUUCUUACGCAGCUCGUUUGUGCUAUGGUCAUCGGGGUCUGCUUCUUUGUGAUCACCUUCAGCCUUGAUGCCGGAAUCAUCUCGAAAGGCUACGGCCUGAACUGGGAAGUGUACCUGCUGCUGUUUGGAACUCAGUGCGUGUGGUUCUUAGUACAAGCUUUGAUCAAAGCUUGCAUCGAGACGGGCCCCUUGCCCAUGUACACUUUCUUGAGGUGUUCAGUGGCUUUAGUUCCCUUCAUUCGCAAUGAUGCUUGUGACAUCCUCAAGGAGAUGAUUCUUGGAGGGCUGUUGAUACAAAGCAACAACCCCGUUGCCAAACUCUUCGGCAUCUUGGCAUGGGCACAUAUCAUCGUGUUGCGAGCAUAUCUUUGUGUGAGAGGCCGGGACAGCUGA